UGGUGAAUGAGUUCAAUCUUUGAUUUCCAUUUCAUUGUUUUCUGAUAGCAUUAAUGUCUCAAAUUUGUUAUCGUAAUCUUAGGGAAUAUUGCCGUAAAUCUCUGUAUAGAUAUUUCAUUGAAAUAUUUCAGCAUUAAAUGUUUUUUUUUAAAUGUAUUUAUAGCAAGUGACUAAUAUUCCUAUAAUUUCGAUAAAAAUGUAUUAAAUUCAGUUUGUUGUUUAGAGAAAUAAUUAAUGGAAGAUCCGAUCGAGAUAUUCUUAAGAUAUCGAAUUGAAUAUCGUCGGCCUAUAAUAAAAUAAUCGUUUUUGAUUUCAAAAUAUUAACUUAAAUAGAAAUGAAAUGAGGAUUGUUGAGAUGUUUUAGAGAUUGUGUCGUUGGGAGUAAUUAAUUGAGAGAAAAAAUGUCCGAAUAGAGAUUAUAGAAAAAAAGAACCAAUUAAUGUGGGAAGAAGUUAAGGAAAUAGAGUUUAAAUAGAAUUUAAGAAUUAAUGAUGUUUUUUAUUACAACAUUCCUUAAAACUCUUAUCCUAGAUCCGAAUAUGAUUAAACCGGGUAAAACCCGGAUCCAAAUGAAUUAAUGCAAAAAAAUCCUGUAAAAAUGUAUUUGUAGAUAUAUUUUUUAAAAAAAACUAAAAAUAAUAAAUGAGUUUUGUCGUUAUGAAACCCUAAGAAAAUAUUAUCCUAAAGAGUACGUAGAUGAUCUUGAAGAAAGCCUAUCGAAAUAAGAUUAAAAUAAAUUAAAAAUAAUAAAUUGAGUUUUGUCAUGAUGAAACCCUAAAUGGAGAGUAGAAGAUCAUGAUGGAGAAUCGAGAAGUAAAUGGGAUGAAGAGUGGUUGCAAGCGUAGAAUAGAGCUUCCAGAUGAAAUAUUGGCAGAGAUAGUGGCGAGAUUACCUUUUAGAAGUGUAACGAGGUUCAAGGCCGUGUGCAAAGGAUGGAGAUCAUUAAUAGAAUCAACGUACUUCCGUCGUCUAUUUGUGUUUGCUCACCAAAAAUCUUCCUCGUCGUGGUCACUCAUGUGCGGGACAUUUGGUUGGUCAGUCCAGGAAAUGGCGGGGUUCUACGGGUGCAAGAGAUAUGGUCUUCCCCGUAGGCUAGGUUCAUACAUCCCGCCUCAUGGCUUGGUGGAUAAAUAUAAGAUCAUAGCCUGCGCGGACGGAUUGGUUUUGCUUCGAACCGUAACGAAAGGAGAGGCGUUCAUCGUGGGUAGCCCCGUGUUACGGCAAUGGGUUCAGCUCCCACCUCACCCUUGGAAAGGGAUCAGUUCAUCAGUUGAGGUAACAGGUCUAGUCACCCGAGUAGAAGACAGUGUCGUUUUGGAGUAUAAGGUGGUUUGUAUGGAUAAUGAACUCGGUUUGGAAGUUGAGUCCCUUAUCUUUGAGAUAUAUUCGUCAGUGACGGGAAGGUGGACUCGCAAAGAAGUCCGUUGUCCUCGUCUCAUCGUUUCUUUAUCCUAUCAAAGAUGCUUGAGUUUGAACAAGAUGCUUCACUGGCUUGAUAACCAUUAUCGUUCUCGGAGUAAUGUGGGAGCCAUUGUAGCAUAUGACUUCUAUGCUGCUGAUGAUCAACAGCAGUGUCGCGUUAUCCCUUUUCCUGAUCAAAAGGCUUGCUUUAGAAGAGCUUACACUACUUCCGGGGGAUUCCUCAUCUACAUAGACUACAUUAACAAAAUCCAUCUUCUGUUGAGGCUUUGGAGGCUCGAGGAGUACACAAGUGAUUCAGGGAGAUGGCAAUUAACGCAGGAGAUCAAUCUAACAUCUUUUGGCUGCGAUCACCGAUACUUUCCGGUGGCAAUGCAUCCCUCUGAAACCCAUAUCAUUUAUAUGGGAAAUCCGGACAAGGCUUUGGUGUCAAUAGACUUGAAGACACACAAGCUUACACUCCACACCAAAUCAUCAGCUUAUAGAGACACAAUGGUUUACCACUAUUUGCGUACUGUAUAUUUAUCAGUAAAUGCAGGUUUUGAUCACGACGUUUUCUACACACCCCAAUUCACACUCCCAACGUGGAUGGGGUCGGUCCCUCGUGCACCUUCAAUAUAGCCAUUCUUUGCUUGUUUCGUUUUCUCUUUGUCCAUUUUUUCCAUGUGAAAGAUUACUUUCGUUU